AUGUCUAUCAGAAAUCGUCUUGCUAAUCGUUUGGAGCCGGCUAAGGAGAAGGCGUGCGGUAUUAUAAAGUUUCAGGCGGCGCCGCAUCCACCACCUCAUGCGCCGCCACAACCUCCGCUUCCUGGUAACAAGGAUCGAAAAGAUCCUCAUACUGGUCGUACACUGGAGCUAAACGGACAUGUUGGAUUAGAUGCACUACCUCAUCAAUUGGUCAAGAAAGCUGUAGAGGCAGGGUUCCAGUUCAACUUAAUGUGCGUUGGUGAAACAGGUAUGGGCAAGACAACACUGAUUGAAUCGCUAUUCAACAUGAAACUUGAUUUGGAGCCGUGCAGCCAUGAACUGAAAACUGUUGAGCUGCGCACAAGGUCGUAUGAAGUUGCUGAAGGUGGUAUUCGCGUUAAGCUCAGAUUGGUGGAAACGGCUGGAUUCGGAGACCAGCUCGACAAGGAUCAAAGUGCACGAGUUAUUGUUGACUACCUUGAGGCUCAGUUUGAACGCUACUUGCAAGAAGAACUGAAAGUGCGUCGCACAUUGAACUAUUUCGACGACACACGCAUUCAUGCUUGUCUUUAUUUUAUUUCGCCAACAGGACACGGGUCAGUUCGUUGGCUCAUUUUUCUGUUGUUUGCUGUGAAAAUGUUAAGUACAUAUUCUUCCGAAGUGUUGUUGAUGAUUUUGAACUCGAUGUUCUAA